UGGCAGGCCCAGCAUGUCAAAAAACAAAACGAGACGUUUACCAACACUCUUCCCAGUUGUAUAACCUCCGCCGCAAAUAUUUUUUACAGGCAACUGCAGCAGCUCGAAUUCCGUGCAAUUAAACCUUAAAAAAUGGCUGGCGAAGGCGAGAAACUGACCGGCAUGUCGAAAAUCUUCAAUGGCACCACCAUGUCCGGCCGUGCCAAUGUUGCCAAGGCCACGUACGCCGUGAUGGGACUACUGAUCGCCUACCAGGUGCUGAAGCCCAAGAAGAAGUAGGGCGCUCCUUAUUCGCAUCCGCAUUAUGUUCACGAAGAUCUGGACUCCGGGGAUGCCACCACCGCUGGACUCUGGAUCAGACGCCUCAAGUUUGCCGGGGCGGGUUUAUUUUAUGUGUAGUGCAAGACCUUGAAGGAAUAAAUAAGCUGAGAAUGUAACACACUGAA